ACCACUUAGGCUCAGCCGCACUUUUUACUCCACCGCAUUCGGCCAACGCCGCAACUUGCAGCCGCUCCUCUUCCACAUCCGAGCGAAGACGCACCUCCGCGGAGAGGCAGAGAGAAGACUCCGGGCAUCCGCCGCAUCCUUUUCUGCCCCCAGCGAUGGAGACGGAGGUCGGGUUCUGCCCAGGGUGGCACGGCGCGCUCCGCUUCGGGCUUCUCUGCAUCCUGCCCUGCUUGCUUGGCGUCGCCGAGGCUGACAUAACCUGCAGGUCAUGCCGGGGUGGCAAUCAGUGGCACGCACAGGGAUUACUGCUGAGGGCUGAGAGCAGUGGCUCCGCUGCGGGGUUAAAGGGGGAAGUUUGGGGGAGCGGAGACCGGAGCGGGAGGGUCCCCUGCGAGCCGGGCUCCGCUGGAUGCGCUCCAGAGCGGGAUGGAUACGCGGGGCCGGCGCUGAAGUGGAUUACAGGCAGCUGGAGUGGACAGUCUGAAGAGGGGAAAGUUUCCCAACACCGGGACGGCGGGGGUUUGACUCCGCGGCGCUUCAAGAGGGACAGUGGCGGCGAUGAAGUGGCUUCGCUCCCGAACAGAGCGCGGCCAGAGGGAGCGGGCGCGGCGGCGGGGCGCAGGGUGCCGCGCUGGAGCGGAGAGGAGCGCAGAGCCGCCGGUGCGCGGCCGGACGAGUCCAAGCUCAACAGCUCCACGUUCGCCCUGACCGGGGACUCGUCCCACAACCAGGCCAUGGUGCACUGGUCCGGCCACAACAGCAGCGUUAUUCUGAUGCUAACCAAACUCUUUGACUUCAACCUGAACAGUGUGACUGAGAGCUCAUUAUGGAGGUCAACUGACUACGGAGCAACGUACCAGAAGCUGAACGACAAAGUGGGAGCAAAGACCAUCCUCAGUUAUCUGUAUGUGAGCCCCAACAACAAGAGGAAGAUCAUGUUGCUGACGGAUCCAGAAGUAGAGAGCAGUCUUCUGAUCAGCUCUGAUGAAGGAGCCACAUACCAGAAGUACCGGCUGAACUUCUACAUCCUGAGCCUGCUCUUCCACCCAGAACAGGAGGACUGGAUUCUGGCGUACAGCCACGACCAAAAGCUUUACAGUUCUGUAGAGUUUGGACGAAGGUGGCAGCUGGUCCACGAGAAAGUGGCUCCUAAUCGUUUCUAUUGGUCCAAGAUGGGUUUGGACAAAGAACCGGGCUUAAUUCAUCUGGAAACCAGCAUCUCUGAAGGACAGGCGCUGUAUGUCACCUGCAAGCUGCAGAACUGCACAGACGCCAACAAGGGCAAACCAUUCCCCGGAUACAUUGACCCCAACUCCCUGGUGGUGCAGGAUGAGUAUGUGUUUGUCCAGGUGUCCACUGCAGGGCGGCCGGUCUACUACGUUUCUGCAAAACGAGACGUCUUUACCCCGAUGAAGCUGCCAAAGUACACCCUGCCCAAGGAACUGCACGUGAUCAGCACUGAUGAAAACCGCGUGGUGGCCGCCGUUCAGGAGUGGAACCAGAACGAAACCUACAACCUGUACGUGUCGGACACUUCGGGGGUCUUCUACACGCUGGCUCUGGAGAACGUGGUCAGCAGCAUGGGCCUGGAGGGCAACGUCAUGGUGGACCUGUACGAGGUUGCAGGAAUAAAAGGGAUGUUUCUCGCCAACAAAAAGACAGACAGCCAAGUAAAGACGUACAUCACUUACAACCGCGGCAGAGACUGGAGGCUGCUGCAGGCCCCGAGCAGAGACCUGCGAGGCAACAGCAUCCACUGCGUGCUGCCGUACUGCUCAUUACAUCUCCAUCUUCACGUGUCUGCCAAUCCCUACACAUCUGGAAACAUCGCCAGCAGGGAGUCGGCGCCGGGGAUCAUUGUCGCCUCAGGCUCCAUCGGCGCCGAGCUGACCACCAGCAACGUCAGCGUGUUCAUCACCUCUGAUGCAGGAAACACGUGGAGACAGAUCUUUGAUGAGGAGUACGCCGUGCUUUAUCUCGACCAAGGUGGAGCCUUGGUGGCAAUAAGACACACUCCACUUCCCAUCCGACACCUGUGGUUGAGCUUCGACGAAGGGCGGCAGUGGAACAAGUACAGCUUCAGCAACACGCCGCUGUUUGUGGACGGCGUGCUGGGCGAGCCGGGCGAGGAGACGCUCAUCAUGACGAUCUUUGGGCACUUCAGUCAUCGCUCUGAGUGGCAGCUGGUAAAAAUAGAUUUCAGGUCCAUCUUCAACAGGAGGUGCACUGAAGGCGACUAUCAGACGUGGCAUCUGCACAACCAGGGCGAGCCGUGUCUCAUGGGGGUGAAACGGAUCUACAGGAAGCUGAAGCCCACCUCCAGGUGCGUGAUGGGAAAGGCCUACUCCGUGGCCAUGACCUCCGCGCCCUGCGACUGCACAGAGGCCGACUUCGAGUGUGAUUAUGGAUACGAGAGACGUUCUGAUGGGAAGUGCAGCCCCGCCUUUUGGUUCCAUCCCUCAUCCAUGUCCCACAGAUGCACCACAGGAACGACUUUUCUCAACAGCACGGGCUACAGGAAAGUGGUGUCCAACAACUGCACAGCCGGAGUGAUCGCAGAGUACACGGCCCGCCGACAGCACUGCCCCAUCCAGGCCCCCAGGGGGCUCCACCUGGUCACCAGCGAGGGCCGGCUCACGGCCACGCUGGGCGCCAACGUCACCUUUGUUGUUUUCCUGGAAGAGGGAGACGGAGCGAGGACGAGCAUCACGGUGGACUUUGGAGACGGUCACGCUCUCACCUACUCCAACGUGAGCUCCAUCGAGGACGGCAUCAAGCACAUCUACAGGUCGGUGGGAAUCUUCAGGGUGACGGCCACGGGGGAGAACAGCCUGGGCUCUGAGACCGCCACGCUCUUCCUGCACGUCACAUGUCAGCUGGAGCAUAUCCAUCUCUCUGCUCCCUUUGUGGCGGUGAGGAACAAGGAAGUGAACCUAACGGCGGUUCUGCAUCCCAGCCAAGUGGGAACGGUCACCUACAUCUGGUGGAUUGGAAACAACACAGAGCCAGUUAUCACCCUGGAGGGAAGCGUGGCGUGCACCUUCUCCAGGGAAGGGAUCAAUACAGUCACGGUGCAGGUGUCCGCCGGGAAUAUCAUCCUGCAGGACAGAAAAACUAUCGCUGUCCACGAAUACUUCCGAUCCCAUCUGCUUGCUUUCUCAUCCAACCUGGACGAACACAACCCGGACGUUGCUGAGUGGAGGCUGGAUGUGAGCCGCGUGAUCAGGAACUCUCUCAUCCAGGCUACAGGUGUGCGCGAGGAUCUGCUCCUGGUCACCGUCCUCCCUGGCUUGCCUACAGCAGCCGAGUUUUUCCUGCUGCCUGACAAACAACUCACCGACGGCAAACCGGAGAAGAGCUCAGCUCAUUUAGAUCAGCUCGCCGAGCUUUUGCUGAACGCCUUGAAUCAAAACCUCGUCCAGUUCACGUUGCGGCCAGGAGUCCAGGUCACCGUGUACGCAGCUCACCUGUCGGCAGCGCCCCUGGUGGACACCAGCGAGAACCACAGCGGCUCCGCCAUGCUAAUGCUGCUGUCAGUAGUGGUCGCGGGUUUAGCCGUGUUUGUCAUCUACAAAUUCAAGAGGAAGAUCCCAGGCCUCAACGUCUAUGUGCAGAUGCAGAACGACAAAGAACCAGAAGUGAUGAGUCCAGCCAAUCCCUCAGAGGCAACGCCCGGCUCACAGCAGGACUUGGUGCCUUCUCUGGAGAUUCUGGACACCGAGUUUAACUCGCGGCCCAUCGGAUGUAUGAAACCUCAUGUACAUGUGAAAUUCUCCACAGAACUCCCCACAUACAUCGUCUGAACUCUGGACUGGAUCCAAACUCCAGCCUCCAUCAUGGAUCAUGGGUUUAUUUUGUCUUUUUGCUUUGCCAUUUUGCGACACAAUGGUUUGGAGCUUUAUACCUGUGCAUGUUGGAGCCGGCUGACACACACUGUGCUCUGCUGAAAGCAGAAGAAACUGUGUACAGGUUUUCUUUCCUUUUUCCUUCAGCUACAUCUUUGAACAGAAACAUUUUCAGACUUGAGUUUGUUUGUUGCGCGUCGAGGAGGAUCGGCAGCAUGAAGGAGUCGGAGGAAACGGCGUGACAAGCGGGAAAGUUUUGGAUUUUUUCUCACAUCCUGGAUCGGUUUGUUGUUUUAUGUUGCAAACUGUGUAUUAUUUAUUCAUAAAAAAAUACUUUUAUGACGUACGAUAUGGAAGUGAAUUACACAUUUAUUUUGUAAAUCAUGAAUGUCUAUGUUAGAACUUUGUGUAUUUUAAUAACAAAUGUACUAAAAAGGGACACCAUUAUAAAAUAUGAGUAAGCUCUUUCAAAGCUUUUAAUCUAUUGUCCUCAAAAAGCUGAUUUAUGGCACAAAGCAGAUUUUCUACUGAAAUAUUCUGCUUUUCUUUUGGGUUUUAAUUUCCUUAUAACACACUUUAGUUUUCAGCAUUAGUUUAAACCUUGACUCUUUUAAUUUCCUCUGCUAAUAUUUAUGAUACCUGCCGGUUGGUAAAAUGCUUCAGAACUACGCUCCCCCUGAUGGCACCUUCCCACAGCAAGCCGCCCCGGUUAUCAGCAGAGCAGAAAAGAAGACGUGUGUGGGGAUGUCGGGGGGGCCGGGGGGGGGAUUCACAGCCCCGGCCUGGGAUGACCGCAGGAGGCCAAGUGGAGCUCAUCGAGGCGCGCCUUACAAGCAGGAGCCGGAAUGAGAUACAGCUGCUUUACAGGAGAAAGUGACGAGCGUGUCAGCGGCAGAAGAGAGACAGAUGGAAGAGAUGGAAGGAGCUUUUUGGGGACGCGACGCAUUAAGAGCGUUCCAGCGGGCAGAAUAAGAGGAGGGUGACUUCUUGAAUACUUAAUGUGUCCCGUUGAGCUGAAGGCCCGCUAAGGUUGGUGACACAUUUAGGUUAAUGUUCUGACCCGCCGUAGUGAAGCGCCCGUCUUCAUCCCGGCUCGUUAUAACUGGCGGCAGGAGCAGGAGAACUGGAGCGCAGAAGCUGCAGGGCUGCACGGGUGCUUUGAAUCUGACACGUGGAAAUGCCUGAUUGAUGCUUUUCACAGCUUCUCAGGCAACUCUGCAGCAUUUGGUUUUUAUCUGGGUUUAACUUUAAAGGGAGAUUUAAAUCCAAACAAAGCUUUUGUUCUUCUUUGCUUUGGAUCCUAUUUUUAACAUUAACAGUGCCUUGCAAAAGUAUUCAGCCCCUCAAAACCUUUCCAUAUGUUGUCACUUUGCAACCCCAAUGUUUAAUACUUUAUUUCCGAUUGAUGUGAUAGAUCAACGACAAGUGCAGUUUUGUAUGUUGGACGGAAACAGAGUCAUAGUUUUAAAUCAGUUUUCAGUCUCUAGUAAAGCACCUUUCUACAGUCACAGACUAUUUUAAUGCCGAUUAUUCUUUGCAGAAGAAGCUCAAACUCAAUCCUAUCGGAUAAAAACGUUCUUUGAACAUCAGUUUUCACUUAUUGCCACAGAUUCUCUGCCGGACUGGUCUGGACUUUGACUAGGCCAUUUUAGCACAUCGAUAUACUUUAAACCAUUCUGUCGUAGCUCUGCCUGUGGGUUGAGGGAUGCUGUCCAUCUGGAAAGUGAAGCAUGGCCCCAGCCUCAAGUAUUUAGCAUAACAGGUUUAUCUUCAGUAUUGUUCUGUAUUUAAACCCAUUUAUAUCCUUCUCAACUGUGACCAGCUUCUCUGUCACUGAUGAUGAAAAUCCUCCCCAAAGUAGGAUACUGCCACUCCGUCAUUCAUGGUGAUAUUACGAUGGUAUGUUGAUGUCACAUUUGACCACAGCUUGUUGCAAACUGAAAACAGAACGGAGCCUGACUUCCUUUUUGCUUUUUUCCCCUAAAAGUACGAGACAUCAGACAAAUAGUUGUCCUGUCACCAGAUUUUCCCACCUGAGCUGUGCUCCUCUGCACAUCCUCCAGAGACCAUGUUGGCCUGUUGGAUGCCUCUCCGAUAAAUGUCCUCACUGCCUGGACUGUCAUCUCAUUCUGCACUGCUUCCCUCUCUUUACUAAUUAAGGCGUGUCAGUCGGUUGCAGAUCACUUUUCAGAAUCUUAUUUGUCAGAAGUUUAAAAAAUUUGUUAUUUUCCAUCCACUUCACAAUUAUGCACUACUUUGUGUUGGUCUGUCACAUGAAGUCACAAUAACGGACAGACGUGUGUGUGUGCAGAACGCCACAACGUCGACAUGCUGCGGUAUGAAGUUUGCAAAGCACUGUAGAUGAAGAACAGUAGAGAACGUCUCAGCGGCGCUGCACAGAAGGCAGAAAUACGUCCCUCUGGUUGCCAUCAGUGGAGACCCGUGAAGAUAAUUGGCCCUGCCAUUCAGGAACUCAGCAAAGCACUCACUGACAGAACAGCAAGUCGCUCUGAGUUUGGAGAAAAGAGUCCUAAUUCUGGGGAAAUGUAUCCUAUAUAAAAACAAAAGAAAAAAAGGAGUUUACUUGUAGCCACAGGCUCUGUUAUUCUGAUGUAUUUCAUCUUUCUUCCAGUCCAAACAGAAAAUAAAUAGUGCAUAUAUUCUACAGAUUUGACCAGGAGAUGCUCAGCAGAGCCCUAGAGCUUCAGGAGGUGCAUCAUCAUAAUGCAGAAGAUUUUAAAUUAAUGUACAAGGAGACAUAUGUUGGUUAACGAGCAAGCAGUCGUCAGGCAGAGUAACUGGAUUUCAGAGCUUCGCUGCGUUCUAGGUCGCCCAGAAGUCUGAAGUCAGAGAGGCUGGCUGGUUUUACCGGCUGGUAGUGAAAACAACACUUUGUGUGUUUCUUUCUCUUCUACAAAAACAGAACAGCAAAUUUAUUCAUUAAGGUUGGAUUUUGUUUUGUGGGUUGUUGCUGAUGUAAAAGACAUUAAUUAUUAGAAUUUAUUUUCAACUUCAAACUUCCAUGGAUUGUUUUAUGGCUUAAUCAGACAUUGACCUUAUUUAGCCCCAUCUAUGACGAAAAUGUGACCUUUUGCUCAUAUUUGUCAUUUACGUUUAACAUUUACAUGUUUACAUCAAUUUUUAAAAACUUCUUAUGUAAAGCUUUGAGCUGGUGAUACAAAUCUGAAUGGAUUACUCUUUAAAAACCAUGAUGUGAAAAAGUACAGGAACAGCAUUAAAAAUGUUUUCAUGGCCUUUGCGCCAUGAACUGGAAGGAUCUUGAGAUUUUUAUUUGGGGCAGAAUUGAUGUCGCACAGCAUGAGAGCUCUGCUGUGGAAACAGAUUUGUACAAUUUUAAGACAACAUUUGUUCUAGAGUUGAAACUAAACUUCAGCGACUCAUAAUAGCGACUGGCCCAGUUAGCAUGGCUAGCAUCACAAACACAGCUUUUUCCGUGUGGAUUCUUU